AAUCAGUCUGUGUCAGAGCGUGUUAUCAAGCACAGCUCCAGCAUCAUUCCCAGAUUGAGUGACCUCUGUCUACUUCAAACACAGCGUGGUUUACAGUUUCCAAAAAAUGGUGCGCGGCAAACUAUUCGGCUACAUUUCUCUUCUGCUACUGGGUCAUCUGAUAUGGUUAUGUGAUGGACAGACAGCCAAGAGGAUCUCUGUGCAGAAGUGUGAUGAAUAUCGUAGAAUCAUUUCAAACAAGCGAGGUAUCAUAUCACUCACGCUGAAUCCGAAACCGUUUUACUACCAAUCGUACAACUGCUCGAACGUGGUAGAGCUUAUCGUCGGCGGUGAAGCAGCUAAACAUGGCGAAUUUCCCCACCAGGCACUGUUGGGUUACCCGCGCGAAGAUGGCUCACCUGAACCGUACAGCUUCAGCUGUGGUGGGUCGCUGAUUUCGGAUCGCUUCAUCCUGACCGCUGCGCACUGCUUUAGCUACGGCGAUCCGGUGAUCGUGCGGUUGGGCGAGUACGAUCUAACCGUCGACUCGACGACACAGCUCGAUUUCGGUAUUGCCGAGAUUAUCCGUCAUCCGAAGUAUCGUAAUUCCCGCUCAUACCACGAUCUAGCCUUGGUGCGGUUGAAUGAGACGGUAUUGUUUUCGAAGGUUAUACGUCCUGCCUGCCUAUGGACCAAUCCAACACUGAACGUGAGCCGGUUUGUAGCGACGGGCUUUGGCAAACAGGAGGAAGGAAGCACGGAUCUGUCGACCAAGCUGAUGAAAGUGCAGCUAGAUCUAUUUCCGUCCAGUGAUUGUGGCGAGCUGUUCCGCGAUAAUCGCAAGUUUCGCGAUGGAAUCGACGAGGGGCAACUGUGUGUGGGCAGUCUGAUCGGGGGUAAGGAUACGUGUCAGGGCGAUUCGGGUGGACCCCUGCAGACGAUCACGGAGCCGAGAAGCUGCAUAUACAAUAUUGUCGGCGUAACGUCUACCGGGGCUGCGUGUGGCGUUGGAAAUUCGAAGGCGAUCUAUUCAAAGGUGGCACACUAUCUGGACUGGAUCGAGCAAGUUGUGUGGGGUGUUUAAUAGUAUUUGACAUACAUGUUGGGUGAUGCAUUGAUUUUAAUUGCUUUUGGCUCAACUUAUCAAAUAUUUCCAAGAAAGACAUAUCGAGCUUGAUUGGAGACUAAUCACACCAACAAUGUUAUUGAUCGGUUUUUUGGUAUGAUCUAGCUAAAUAAAAACAUAAUAACGAUAGUUAUUGAACAUCUAGCGCUUAUUUUUCGUAAUUGAGUUAUUCUUCUUUAGAACAACAGUGGUAGUCGUUCAAAGCCUAUACCAAUAAUGGGCUGACUGUCUUGAUUAUUCAUAGACAGUUAGUUACUCCUACGUUCUCGAGUGAGUGGACGGCUUUACCACAGGACAGGCCAAAAUCAGUUAUUGAGUAACCUACUCUUAAAAAUAAAUGUUUUAUACUUGUCAAUAUUACAUUAAAAUAAAAAUCCGCUGAUAAUCGAAUUAAGAUCCAUCAAUAAGUAAGUGAGUUGUUUAUAUUUGCUACGUUAAACCACAAUCAGUUGGUUUGCCUUAUUGUAAUAAGCUAUUUACAAUUUAUAUCUGCAGUAAUUUCGACUCCUUCUUCGGAAUAACUGAUAAACAUUCCUGGAAAUAUAAACGAUGUCUGAGUAACUGAUAAACUAUCCUGGAAUUAUUAUCGAUACUAGCUUGACUCUAGAAUGUUAGUCAGAUUGUUGACGUUUAGAUAGCACGCUUCCUGUGUUUUAAUUCUUGGAAGACAAUAAGGCACAUAGCCAUUUGAUUUAUUUUAAUAGGUUCGCAAUAGUAAAAUGAUUUGUUGUAAUGUUUGCGUGUUAACUUGCUCCAAGCAAUUCCCUUGAAAUGUAAAUAUAUUAUACAACGAAUAAAUGGUAAACAAGACGUACAUGUGCAUGUGAUGAAUAGUAUCCCAGUAUAAUCUUAUCAAGAUGAUGGUUUUGGGAUUUCCCUGCUAUCAACUGGAACGAAGGCCGUAAAAUGAUACUAUUAUGAAGAUGCAUGCAUAUUACAUAAUACAGCAUGAUCUGCUGAAUUGCAAUGAAAUAG